AAAACUGUACCUCCAUAUAUUUACCACCUUGAAAAUUGUGGUUCAACACAAGUACACAACCACCAUAGUACUAUAGUAAUAAGUGUAGUUCUCCCUUCUUUUUCUCCUAAAACAUAGUACAAUUGAGUUAACUAACAAUGGAUACUACACAACAUCUAGCAACAGAGAGCUUUUCAUACAGUUGGUUAGCUACGAAAUCAUCAUCCUCAGAAACAAAAUCAAACCAAAACAUCUCAAACAACAAUAACAAUGAAACUAUCCAAAAUUUCAAUUUCGAUAUUUCAACUCCAAAAUCCAACUCUUCAUCCCUUGUUCAUGCUGAUAAACUCUUCUCCAAUGGCCUUAUCCUUCCUCGAUCCUUCGACGCCGCGCCUUCGAAACCAAGAAACAAGUACAAUGCUUCUUUUGCAUCAUCAUCAUCUCCUUCUCCAUUGCUUGUUCAUUCCAAAAUCCAUGAUCCAUCGAUGUCGUCGCUUCGAGGAAUGUUUAUAGGGAAAUGGUGGAGGAGUAAGUUGAUUCCUAGGAAAAUUUUAAGUAAGUAUAUCAAAUGCUUGAUUCCUAUGAAAGAAUCAAUUGGUAGAGUUGAUGAUCAUGUGAAUAGAUUAGCAUGGGAAGUUAAGAGUUGGAGUACUAAUAAUACUCCUGUAAUUGCAUCUCCUAUGAGAUCAGAAACUACAGCUUAUUGUUCUGCUUGGAGUGACAUUGAUGAGAGCUCUGUUCGUGAAGCAAUUCUUUAUUGUAAAAGAUCUAGUAGUGGUUUAUGCUAGGUUAAGUGUUUUUGUACAUUUUAUUUGGUGUUAAGUUUUAAGCAUGUACUGUAUAUUAUCUUAGAAGAUUGUUAUUUUUCCUAAUCUUUGGAUUUUUUUGGGGGGUUUUGUGUUUAA